UCUUUUUUGCCUUCACCGACCCGCCUUGGAAUUCCUCACCCGCUUCCGGGCCUCUUCCUUGUUCCCACCGCGAUCCCUUAUCUAUCAUGUGCGUGUAUAUAUGUCUCUCACGUUCGCUUCUUCUUUCAGGGAAAGGAUAGGAAGCUUUCUUCCAUCUCUCUAGCGCAGGUUUUGAUUGAUUCAUCGAGUUGUUCCCCCCCCUCCACCCUCUCUCUCUCUCUCUGAAACAUCUUCCUGUAGCUUAUCUCGAUAGCUAAGAAUCGGAUGGCGGCGUCCGAAAUAUCGCCCGCGCCUUCCGAUGCCAAGUCGAAAGUAUGGUCGACUGCUGCUGCUCUACGGGGCCACGAUGCCUCCGCCAUCGCGGCUUAUGAGCACUACCUCCGCCUUCCCGAGCUCGCCAAGCUCUGGAGCUCCAAUGACUUCCCUCGGUGGACCAACGAGUCCAUCCUCAAGCCGGCCUUGCAGGGCCUGGAGAUCACCUUCCGGUUCGUCUCCCUCGCCCUCUCCGACCCCCGGCCAUACGCGAACCACCGGGAGUGGAAGCGGCGGCUCGAGUCACUCGCCGCGCGUCAGGUCGAGAUCAUCGCCACCCUCUGCGAGGAGGAAGCUCGCGCCGGCGGUGGUGCGCCCAUCGCGGAUCUCAGCUCGUGCCAGGGGCUCCUGUCCCGGGGCAAGAGCUCGCAGGAGGUGUGGAAGGUCCCCGGCACCAGCAGCGUGGUGAGCCGUACCAGCGAGGCGAGCUUGCUGCCUCGGCUGGCCACGUGGGAGAAGUCGGAAGACGUGGCUUCCAAGAUCCUGUUCCAGAUCGAGAGCCAGAUGCAUCGGUGCCAGUUCACGCUGGGGUUGGGCGAGCCCAACCUCACAGGGAAGCCUACGCUGGAGUACGACCUCGUCGUCCGCCCAUCGGACCUCCACGCCCUGAAGAGGAGCCCCGGCUCGUCGAAGGACCUCCACAACCACGAAGACCAGGCGCUCUGCACGAUCCAGCAGAUCCUCGAGUCGUGGCUCUUCGCCGCUCGGGAGCUCUUGGCCCGAGUCGAUCAGAGGAUGGAUGACAAGGACUGGGCGCAGGCGGCGAACGAUUGCUGGUUGCUCGAGCGCGUGUGGAAGCUGCUGUCGGACGUGGAGGACCUCCACCUGCUGAUGGACCCAGACGACUUCCUCCGGCUCAAGAGCCAGCUGGCCAUCAAAGCCACCUCCGGCUCGGAGGCGUUCUGCUUCCGCUCUGCGGCUCUGCUGCAGGUGACGAACUCUUGCAAGGACCUGAAGCGGAGGGUGCCGUGGAUCCUGGGAGUGGAGGCGGACCCCAACGGGGGGCCCCGGGUGCAAGACGCCGCGAUGAGGCUGUUCCACAGCCGGCGGCGGGGCGAGGGCGACAACCCCGGGAAGAUCGAUCUGCUGCAGGCGCUGCAGGCGGUGGAGGUUGCGUUGAAGACCUUCUUCUUCGCCUACCGGCACUUGGUGGCGACGGUCAUGGGGAGCCUGGAAGCCAGCGGCAACAGAGCCGUGUAUACGCCGUCGGAGGCGCUGGAUCCGCUGUCGCAGGUGUUCCUGGAGCCGCCGUAUUACCCUAGCUUGGAUGCGGCCAAGACGUUCUUAGGAGAUUUCUGGCAGAACGAGCUCGGCAGCGGCGCAUCCAAGACGAAGUGGCAUUGACAAAGCGCUCGCAUACGGCUAACCAUCAUUGAAGUUUUGGGUGAACAAUUAUUGCAUUGGAAGAUACAGCAACAACUAGUCGAUAUAUGUUCUCAGAUAUUUCUAUAUAUUUUUUCGUAUAGCCA